AUGGCUCCUCAAAAGCAAAUCAGCACCAAUGUCACCGAGCUCUUGGGCGUCCGACACCCAGUGCUCCUGGCUGGCAUGUUUAAUGUUGCUUCCCCCAAGCUCGCAGCCGCCGUGACCAAUGGCGGCGGCCUUGGAGUGAUUGGGGGAGUCGCAUAUACUCCAGAGCUUCUCCGCGAAGCCCUGAACGAGCUCAAGAGCUAUCUCGUAGACAAGAGUGCGCCGUUCGGAGUUGACCUCCUCAUCCCCAAAGUCGGCGGCGGCGCCCGGAAGACCAACUAUGACUACUCUCAGGGAAAGCUCCGCGAGCUCAUCGACAUCAUCAUCGAAAGUGGCGCCAAACUGUUCGUCUGCGCCGUUGGUAUCCCACCUAAAUGGGCAGUCGAUCGUCUCCACGAGGGCGGCGUCCUCUACAUGAACAUGAUCGGACACCCUAAGCACGCUCUCAAAGCUGUUGAAGUCGGAGCGGAUCUUAUCUGUGCCCAAGGGGGUGAGGGAGGAGGCCACACUGGCGACAUCCCUACCGUUGUCCUGAUCCCCGCCGUCGCAGAGCUUCUCCGAGGCAAGAUCAGUCCCUUCACCCGUAGUCAGGUCGCGCUGGUUGCAGCGGGCGGGAUGUACAAUGGCCAAUCCCUUGCAGCAGCACUCAUGCUCGGCGCUGGUGCAGUCUGGGUUGGAACACGGUUCAUUCUAUCUGAGGAGUCCGGUGCAUCGAGAGUCCACCAGAAGGCGCUGCAGGAAGCUGGUUUCGACGAUAUCAUCCGCACAACGAUCUUCAGUGGCCGUCCGCUCAAUACUCAGGCCACGCCGUAUAUCAAGCGCUGGGAGAACGAGCGCAAGCAGGAGAUGCAGGACUUGCAGGGCAGAGGUAUCAUUCCGUUGGCGCAUGACAUGGAUACCAAGAAGGACGACGAUGAGGUCCUGGAUAAUGCGCACCCGAUGCUCAUGGGUAAGGUUGCGGGACUCGUACGCGAGAGGCUUCCUGCUGCGAAGAUUGUUGAGAGUAUGGUUGAAGAGGCAGCGGCAUUGCUGGAGACUGGAGGGAGGAGUGUUUCCAAGCUGUGA